GCGGAGCCUAUUCCGAGUGGACGCCUCGGGUUUCGGCGCAACCGCGGAGCGUUUGAGGGGCUAAGGUCGUCUCAGCCGCCAUGGCGAAAGGCAGCGUUACAGAACGACCGCAGACGGGGCCAUCGCACAUGACCCCGGCCAGGGACCGGGCAGCGGGGACCAGGGCUCCCGCGGCUACGAGGAGUGAAGACCACUUGAAAGAGAAAGCUCGGGCAGAAGCUGGGUCAGCAAGAAUGUCACUCCUUAUAUUGGUGUCCAUUUUCUUAUCUGCAGCUUUUGUUAUGUUUCUGGUAUAUAAAAAUUUCCCUCAGCUUAAUGAAGAAGAAAGAGUGACUAUGAAGGUUCCAAGAGACAUGGAUGAUGCCAAGGCCCUAGGAAAAGUUUUAUCAAAAUAUAAGGACGCCUUUUAUGUACAAGUACUUGUAGCUUACUUUGCUACAUAUAUUUUCUUACAAACAUUUGCCAUUCCAGGCUCUAUAUUUCUCAGUAUCCUGUCAGGGUUUCUUUACCCCUUUCCACUAGCCUUAUUUCUUGUUUGUCUGUGUUCUGGACUGGGUGCCUCGUUCUGUUAUAUGCUCUCCUAUUUAGUUGGGAGACCAGUUGUAUACAAAUACCUCACAGAGAAAGCAGUGAAAUGGUCACAACAGGUUGAACGUCAUAGAGAGCAUCUCAUUAACUACAUUAUUUUUUUGAGAAUAACACCAUUUUUGCCUAAUUGGUUUAUUAAUAUUACUUCUCCUGUGAUAAAUGUGCCGCUGAAAGUUUUUUUUAUUGGCACUUUUCUAGGUGUCGCCCCUCCCUCUUUUGUCGCUAUCAAAGCAGGAACAACACUGUACCAGCUGACCACAGCAGGGGAAGCUGUGUCUUGGAACUCAGUAUUCAUUCUGAUGGUUUUGGCAGUUCUGUCCAUCCUGCCAGCCAUUUUCCGCAAGAAACUGAAACAGAAAUUUGAGUAAAAAAUCAUCUGGAUUUUAGUUCUCUCACUAUCAUCACCAUCAUCUCAGGAUUAGCAAGUGUUUCUACCAUUUAUAUUUUAAAGUCACCCCUUAGGCAAUUGAACCGAAGAAUUUGUAAAAAUAAAUUUUUCUAUCAGUUUAUGGGACAAGAGGGAGAAAAGAGUAAAAACGGAAAGUAAUAGACUAUGGAAAAUGCUAUUAAUAGUUACGUCGAAUAUCUUUUAAAUUAUAUUUCCUGAACUAGCCUUAUAUACAUACUCAUUUGAUUAUUUAAUAGUCCUUUUUUCUCUUAUCUAUAUCCCUGAAAUUAAUGUAAAGAAACAAAAGAUUCAGGAUUCUUAAAAUAUAUGUAGUUGUAGCUAAGAUUCGUCUUUCAGAAUAUAAACUUUAAAGCUUAAAAGAGAUUUUACAUUUUUCUUCCUCUUUUUACCUUUGAGGUACUAGAUUUAUUGAGAGCUUGUAUGUUGGUAAACCACUGGAUAUGCAAAGGAUUUCAAGUUAUGUCUAUUUUGUCAGUUGGGGGUUAUUUCUCUUUUAAGGACCUUAACAUGGAUUAGUUUAUUUAUAGUUCAGACUAUUUUCCUCCUAUUAUUUGGAAUUCACACUAUUCCACUGUGCAUAUAGAGUGGAGAUGAUAUAACUAUUAUAUUUGGUGUUGAUAAUUUAUAUUCAGAUAAUAUUUUGUUAUACAGUGCUCCUUUAAUAUCGCAGAAGGGGAUCUAAAAAGCAUUAGUUUUAUGUGUUAGGUUAAUUCCACUACUUUUUAUUUUGAAACAGGAACUUAUAGGUAACACAGUUCUCUUAAGUGGUUAAAUAUAAUUGCUGGUCCAAUGACAGUAAAAGUUACCUCAUUUAUUUAUUAGUGGUUAUUAAGGUAUGUAUUAAUGUAAUUGUUUUUAUGCAUGAUAUCCCUAAAAGAAAACAUGACUUAAUUUCUCUUGAUGCUUUUUUGUUUAGGGCUUCCCAAUUUAGUGUGUUUACUCUUUCUAAUUCACAGGUAGAAUUAACUUCUUAUAUGAUAACUAAUAUAUUUAAAUAGUCUUAGGAAAAAACUUUAUAACUUUUAUUGUUUCAUGGUUUUGCCCUUGAUUCUAGGGCAUCACCAAUCUAAACUCUGUCCACUUUACCUUCACUGAAGCCUGUUAGUAUGUUGAAAAGUACUUUGCCUGUGGGAAAAAGCCUUGUAUGUUUUUAUUGUGAGACAUAUGAUCAUCCUCAAAGCCGGUUUCUAUGAUAUAAUGUGGAUUAAUUCAUUAUUUUUUCUAUCACAGUAUUAACAAAAUGGUUCUAUUGUAAAUACAAAGAAAAUAUAUUGAUUAAUAUACUAUUCUUAUGUCA